AUGGCAACACUCACAAAACACGAUCUUGAUGUCCUCGAGAAAAUAAAGGAUCCGGAGUCUGGUCCUUCAAAUCCUCUCCUUAUUGAUGAUUCGCUUCCAAAAGACCCGCAUAUCACCGAUCCAUCUACAUAUCAAGGAAUCGCACAACGAGAACGGGAUAUUAUUCUCUUGAUGCAAGAUGUCGAACUUCAAAUUGCUGGAUUAAAACCCGUAGCUGAACUUUCCCCUUUAUCACAAUAUCAAUCUUGCGUUCAGAAUUUGAAUGAUUUGAUCGAAGAAUAUCCUAAUUAUGCGAGUGCGAGGAAUAACAGAGCACAAGCAUUGCGACGGAUUUAUGGGGAUUUGAUGUUGGUGAAGAUAUCUUCUGUUAAGGGACAUGGAGCUGAUGUAAACGUACCUUUGGAUACGGAAGCAUCAGAGGCGACCAUUAAGCUUGCCUCAUUCAACGCAUUAUCCGACCUAGAUAGGGCAAUUUCUCUUCUAGCUCCAAAAACGCCUUGGGCAUCAAUAUCCACUCAAGCAGCGAAGACUCUUUCCCAAGCAUUAACGCAACGUGGUGCCUUGUAUCAUCUAUCAGCUAAACAGCUGUCUUUUGACACUGAAGCGAGUGUAAGGAUUGACGAGAGGAGAAGGGAGGCGAAAUGGAGAACAAUAGAUUUUGAAGAGGCAGCCUCGAGAGAUUUUAUGACCGGUGGGAGGUAUGGUAAUGAGAUCGCGAAGGCAUUGGCUGUUAGUGCAAAUCCGACGGCCAAACUUUGUGGUGAUAUGGUUAGGCAAGCUAUGAAGAGAGAAAUGGGGGGUGGUGGGAGUUAA